CUGUCACUGAGGGAUGAAUGCAUCAGUUAUCGUUGACGAACAAAAGUGCUGCGACCCGCUUCGUCGCCCAAGCAAGACUUUCGCACGAAAACUGCUCCUUGAUCAUGUCUGCAUGAUCGACCUGUUACUCCACAUCCAUCCGCAUGGACAUUUUAACCGGGUGGGUCGAGAAACCAUUCCUGGGACAUGACGUGCCCCACGGAGUCCAUACUUGGAUUGCCGUCCCGUAUCUUCAGUUCAAGUACUCCGUCUCGUCCAUAAAGAUGGCGCACCCCAUCGAAGGGGGAUGUCAAUGACCUACUAACUUCCGCCAUGGCCUUGAAAGACGAGGGACAUACCGGGGCACCUGAAGGGGUCCCAAUAGCUAGCCGAAACGAUCUUAACCUUACAAGCCACCAAAACGAGGGAUUACCGGCCCAGCCUGACCCGGAAGCUCAAGAGCUAGUCAUCAGUGAUGCUGCUCUGCUCGAGAAAGAAGUUGGCCAAGACCAAGAUGAUGCCUCCUUGAGGCGGACUAAGUCGAUCGCGGAACAGAUGCCACUCCUAAGAGAAAUCUUCUUCGUCGGAAUCAUCUGCCUGGCACAGUUCACCACCCAGGUUGGACUCGGUCAAACUCUUUUUAUUCUGCCCAUAAUAGGAGAGAGCUUCGGUCUGGCCGAUCCCAACGAGCUAAGUUGGCUCAUUGCUGGAUAUUCUCUGACUGUCGGUACCUUCAUCCUGCUAUCCGGUCGCCUAGGUGACUUAUUUGGCUACAAACGUCUCCUUCUUAUUGGUUUCAGUUGGUUUGCGCUAUGGUCGACCGUGGCAGGUUUGAGCGUCUACUCGAAUCAUGUCCUAUUCGUGUUUGCCAGAGUCUUUCAAGGUAUUGGUCCGGCUAUAACCCUACCAAAUGGACUGGCUUUGCUGGGUGCCACCUAUAAACCCGGCAGGAGGAAAGAUAUGGUGUUCUCCUUGUUUGGCGCUUGUGCUCCAGGCGGCUCAAUUGUGGGAGGCGCAUUUGCCGGGCUUUUCGCGCUAACGUGGUGGCCGUGGGCAUUCUUCUCUCUCGCCACCACACUCGCAAUUACCGUCGUUGUCGCCAGUUACGUGAUUCCAGAACCACCGCAGGAGCAACGAUUGAAACGCUCACUCGAAGAAAAGGUCCAACUUCUGGACAUACCAGGAGCAGUCGUUGGUGUUUUAGCCUUGGUGUUGUUCAAUUUCGCUUGGAACCAGGCACCGAUUGUGGGUUGGCAGAAGGCUUAUGUUUAUGUUUGUAUGUUCCUUGGUCUACUUCUCGUUCCCCUGUUCUUCUACGUCGAAUUUCGGGUAUCGAAGGCCCCCCUUGUGCCCUUUGAAGCUCUCUCUGCCGACGUGGGGUUCGUCAUUGCUUGCAUUGCCUGCGGUUGGUCAUCAUUCGGUAUCUGGGUAUUCUAUCUCGUCAGCUUUCUUGAAAACCUCCGAGGCGCAUCUCCACUACUCGCUGUGGCUUACUGCUGCCCGGUCGCCAUAUCCGGAGCAUUGGCAUCGAUCUGUACUGGCCUCAUACUGUCCAGAUUGCGCGCUGCUUGGGUGAUGACCAUCGCACUUACUUUCUUCACCAUCGGACAAAUUCUCAUUGCAACAGCGCCAGUUGGCCAGACUUACUGGGCUCAGACCUUUGUCUGCGUGAUUGUCAUUCCAUGGGGUAUGGACAUGUCCUUUCCGGCAGCAACCAUCAUUCUCUCCAACAGCGUGAGCAAAGAGCAUCAAGGCAUAGCGGCCAGUUUGAUCAACACUGUGGUCAAUUACAGCAUCUCUCUUGGCCUGGGCUUCGCAGGGACUGUCGACGUCCACAUUAACAAUGGAGGCAAAACACCAGAAGACGUACUGCAUGGGUAUCGUGGCGCAUGGUAUCUGGGCACCGGCCUUGCAGGUCUAGGUUUGGUCGUCAGCAUCAUCUUCCUGCUGCGAGGGUACUGGAAAGAGACGAAGGCAUCCCCAUCUCUCUCGUGAAAGGAGCGUGAGGCUAUGGCGCCUUCGAUAAGUUCGCAAGAAAGAAUGAAGCGUAAGGGACAAAUGUAAGAACGACCUCCAUAGCAUCGAGCUCAGAACCGGUACGAGUGAAAGUCAUCGAUUUGAGCUCUUUUUUUGAUC